AUGGUCAGCUCCUGUUGUGGCUCUGUCUGCUCUGAGGAGGGCUGUGGCCAAGGCUGCUGCCAGCCCAGCUGCUGCCAGACCACCUGCUGUAGGCCCAGCUGCUGCAGGCCCACCUGCUGUGUGUCCAGCUGCUGCAGACCCAGCUGCUGUCAGUCUGUUUGCUGCCAGCCCACCUGUUGCCGCCCCAGCUGCUGCCGCCCCAGCUGCUGCAUUUCUAGCUGCUGCAGGCCUUCCUGCUGCCGCCCCAGCUGCUGCGUGCCCAGCUGUUGCAGACCCAGCUGCUGCAGACCCCAGUGCUGCCAGUCUGUGUGCUGCCAGCCUUCCUGCUGCCGCCCCAGCUGCUGCAGGCCCCAGUGCUGCAUCUCCAGCUGCUGCCGCCCCAUCUGUUGCCAAACUACCUGCUGCAGGACCACCUGCUGCCGCCCAGCCUGCUGCCAGACCACCUGCUGCAGGACCACCUGCUGCAGGACCACCUGCUGCCGCCCCUGUUGCUUCCAACCCUGCUGUUGUGGGUCCAAAUGCUGCUAG